UUGGAAGUCGAAAAAAAGCGUAAGAAAAUCAGAAAAGCCAAGUAGGAGUCGAGGGAAUGGCUGGAAGUUCCGGCGAAGACUUUUCGGUGGUGGUGCUGGCGUCGGACCUCGGCUUGGACGCCCGCUCCUUACUCUCGCCGACGGAUCGCCAGGCGGCGGCGACGGACGAAGACGUGGUGGCGUGGCAUGACUGUCUCGCCUAUCUUUCCUCCGACGAAGAUUUCUCGGAUCUAGAGGCUCUUCAGGUUUUCCGUCUCCAAGGAUCCGACAAGGCCGGCAACCGAAUCCUCAGGAUUGUAGGAAAAUAUUUCCCUGCUGCAGUUAUAGAUGGGGAACGUUUGAAGAGAUAUGUGUUUCACAAGUUCAUCACAGAACUAACGGAAGAACCAUUCUGUAUAGUAUACAUGCACAGCACUGUGCAUUCAGAAGAUAACAAUCCUGGAAUAUCCAUCCUGCGGUGGAUUUAUGAAGAACUUCCAUUAGAUUUCAAGGAUAGGCUACAAGUUGUGUAUUUCUUGCACCCAGGACUGCGUUCCAGACUUGUUUUAGCCACACUCGGACGCUACUUCCUAAGUGGAGGAUUGUACUGGAAAAUCAAAUACGUCAGCCGGUUGCAGUAUUUAUGGGAUGAUAUUAAGAAAGGGCAAUUGGAGAUUCCAGAGUUUGUGCAAGAGCAUGAUAAUGUUCUCGAACAUAGGCCUUUAACUGACUACGGAAUAGAGCCCGAUCCUCUUCACUUAACGGAAGUACCAGCUAUGGGGUUGUCACUUGGAAGGCACGGAGAUACAUGGGAUUCCAGGUCCUACAUGUGAUGCUUUUGCUGGAAGUGUACUUAGUGGUCGACUAUUCCUCGAAUGUCACAGUAGGUUGUUUCAUGGGAUACCCUUGGCAGUUCCUAUUAAUCUUGUAAGUCAAUAUUGCUCAUCUAAAUCAUUUUAUUAUGUGAAAACCACCAUUCACUAUCAUUGGCUUUCAAGAUAACCAGUCUAUUACCAUAAACCAGCUGUAGAUGGAGAGGUAUUCGCAUAGUGUUGCUGUUGAACUGUUGGUGACAUAAUUGAAAUGAAAGGAAUAAUACUUUUCAUUUUCGAGCAAA